AUGCAGGUUUAUUCUGAAGAUCGUUUAGUGCAGCUCAAACCAAAAUUCACAGCCGAAAAGCCUAAGCCUUUUGCUCGUCCUAAACAUAAAAGCAGCGACUGUUCCAGCGAGGAAAACGAUUUUGAAAAUCUCUGCUCCAAGGAGGCCGCAAAGAAAAGUCUUAAAUCUUAUUUACUAAAUACAACCUUGCAUGGGUUAAAAUAUAUUGCCGAGGAUAAACUAACAUUGCCAGAAAGAACAUUUUUCGGCUUAUCGUUUGUUGGAGUACUUAUAUUGUCAGCAUAUUUCAUUUCCAAUAUCUACGUGAAAUGGUCUGAAACGCCGAUAAUAAUUUCGACCAGUGCAAAGCAAACCUUUGUGAGUGAUGUUCCAUUUCCGGCCAUAACAAUUUGCAAUCUUAAUCAGGCAUCGAAGAGUAAAGUUCAAGGCAUACUUGAGAAAAAUCUAAAUUUUUCUUUACUCAUGAGCCUCUGCGGUCAAAAUCAGAUGGGUGAAUUUUAUAACAUUCGCGGUACCUGGAGAAAUUUCAGAACUAUACUAACUGCGGUUGCUCAACCUUGCGACGAAAUGCUUUUAUACUGCAGCUUCGGCUCUAAGGAAGAAAAUUGCUCGGUGAUAUUCAAUCCUGCAUUAACCGAUGAUGGCUUGUGUUGCACGUUUAACGCUUUGGAUCCAAUGUUUAUGCUGCGUAAUUACAGUGAUGAAGAUCGCAUCUCGAAUAAAACGGCUAAUCAUUUCGUACCCAUGGAUUGGACGCCGGAAAGUGGUUACAAUCGUGAUUUGCCCAAAAACUACUAUCCACGUGUACCGGGCGGCACAGGCAGUCGACUAGGUUUGACUGUCGUUUUGAAUUCCUCCGCCUCAGAAUAUUACUGCACGAAGUCUAAAAGCAUCGGGUUUAAGGUGCUGGUGCAUAAUCCCGCCGAACUACCGAAAGUUACCAACUAUGGUUUCUUAGUCACAGCCGGACGUGAAGCGCGUGUACCUAUCGAACCCAUCUAUGAGAAUGCCGUACCCUCUAUACGAUCCAUUCAUAAGGAUAGACGUCGAUGUCUCUUUUCCGAUGAAGGUGAUUUAACCUAUUAUCGUACCUAUUCGCGCAGGAAUUGCGAAAUUGAGUGCGAGGCGAAAAUUUUGAUUGACAAAUGUGGUUGCGUACUCUACUAUUUGCCUCGUAUUAAUAGCUCGGCACGUAUUUGUGGGCCCAAUGACAAUACUUGCACCAAUGAAGUGCAGACAAGAAUCGAAUCGCCGGAUAAGAAGCUGACAUGUUCCAAUUGCUGGCCGGCAUGUUUUGAAUUAAGCUACAAAGCAAUGAUCACUUCGACGACAAUCUCUGCUGGUCAGUUCUUUACUUUUGAUGAAUUACCGCCUAGUCUAUUCAACGAUGCCACCAACUACAGAGAGAUAUCUAUAGUGAAUUUUUACUAUCUAUCGAAUAUACUACGCACCACUACCAAAUCGGAAAUGUUCGGAUUGACUGAGUUUCUUUCCAACACCGGUGGACUGUUAGGUUUAUUCAUGGGCUUCAGCAUUUUCUCAAUUAUCGAAAUUUUUUAUUACGUCACUUUGCGUCCAUAUUGCGCUAAUCGCACCAUGCAACUGUCACGCCAUCGCCGUCAUGGGCGCAUGAAAUGUGAGCGAACAAUUCGGUGCAGAGUGAAGCCAGGGAAAUAUGAUGGCAACUCAAGGUUCUGGUUGAAUGAGUCGCAACAAAAGAAGGUCUUCAAUAAUAAAAACUAUCGAAAUAAUUUAAACCAUAUCUUAUUGCAUCACAAACAUAACCAGCUUAAUAAUGAUGGCACACAACUGUAUCCCUAUUUGGAUUAA